UGGGCACUGAAGUAGCUGAAAUGAGAAAGAGGCAGCAAUCACAAAACGAAGGAACGUCAGCUGUGUCUCAAGCACCCGGAAACCAAAGGCCCAACAACACAUGUUGCUUUUGUUGGUGCUGUUGCUGCAGCUGUUCAUGCCUCACUGUUAGGAAUGAAGAUAGAGGAGACAGUGCAGGAAGGCCAACACACACGACCAAAAUGGAGAGUAUCCAAGUCAUAGAAGAAUGCCAAAACCCUACUGCAGAUGAAAUUUUGUCUUGGGCUCAGAAUUUUGACAAGAUGAUGAAAACACCAGCUGGGAGGAACCUUUUUAGAGAGUUUCUUCGAACAGAGUACAGUGAAGAGAACCUGCUCUUCUGGCUCGCAUGUGAAGAUCUAAAGAAAGAACAGAACAAGAAAGUUAUUGAAGAAAAAGCAAGACUUAUAUAUGAAGAUUACAUUUCUAUACUUUCACCAAAAGAGGUUAGUCUUGAUUCCCGAGUGAGAGAAGUGAUCAACAGAAACUUGUUGGAUCCCAGUCCUCAUAUGUAUGAAGACGCUCAGCUCCAGAUAUACACCCUCAUGCACAGAGACUCUUUUCCAAGGUUUUUGAACUCUCAGAUUUAUAAGUCUCUUGUUGAAAAUAUUACAGGCUCCACUUCUGAAACUUAGUUUUAAUUUUCAAAUAAAAUAACCUGGGUUUUUUUGGGUGGGCGGGGUGGAAGAAAAGUAGUUUAAUAACAUCUGGAGCUGAGUUCCUGGAGAACUACAGUUUAGCACUACUCAGGCUACUGUGAAGAAAACAAAUACAUAUUAUGGUCUCUGUCUACAUUUUUACCAAGGUCCUCCUUGCUUGAGAUGGCAGGGGAGAGGAACAAUGGAUUUGCCAAAAUACAUUUGUUUCACACUCCUUUCACCUAACUGCAGUCAAGAUUGCAAUGAUGUAUUUGUAGUUUUAUGAACAGUCUCCUUGUGUAUUCUCACACUGCAUGUGCAAGGUAAAACUGCUUCACUUACCACGUAGUUGUUGCAAUAUUUAAUCCAAUAACAUAAGUUAUAUCUGUAUUUAAGAACUUUUUUUGUGCAAUACAGUCUUAUGGUACAUACAAUUGCAGCAAACCAGAAAGAGGCUUGCAUUUUUUAACAUCACUAACUGAAAAAGCCAAUUUUUAAGGUGUAGCAUUAUUCAACAUGCUCUACUGAGUACAAUACACUGACUUUUUGAAGCCAAUAUUUCUGUACAGAAAAAAAGAGCUAUUUAUCACUGUUUAUUUAAAAUAAAUCAAGUGUGGGAUUCCUCUGGUUGCUCACUGCCAAAACUGUGGCAUUUUCAUUACAGAAUUUGCAAUGUCAAAAAAGAGAAAAGGAGAAAAAAAAAGCACAAACCACUUAAAGGGAUCCGUAUCUGGGUAACACAAUCUAUGCGCUGAUAUUGUUUAAUUGUUAAAAGAACAAAGAUUUUCAAUGUACAUUUCAGAUGUCAGAUACUGUAACUGAUUUAUUAAAGACUGGCUAUCCAGUUCUAACACUGUUGUAUAAUGUUAUGUACUUCAGCAAAAAAAAAAAAAAAAAAUCACAAAAAAGCUUGAUAAUUUAGUUUUUUGAAUAAAGAAGUUUAAUAAAAGGUUGCCUACAUGUAGCAUUUUAGAGCAUUUUAGAACAUGUUGAUGAAUUGCAUCUGUCCUGUAAGAUUUUCUUUUUCUGAAAACUAAAUCCAGUAAAAAAUGUUUUUAAACAAAGUAAUGUUUUACGAGGUGGCAGGUUAAUGAAGACUCAUCUCAGCUUCUAGCCUCAUUGAUUUUGAGUAACUCCUUGAAAGCAAGGGGUUUGGAGAGUAAUAUUAAACCAAACUUCAAGGGCUCCUAAAGCUACAGUCCUUACCCAAGUAAAAUGCCUACUGAAGCUCAACAGGUGUCUUUCCUGGGUAAAAAAUCCUGUACUGAGCCCCUAAUCAGAGCUGAGGCAGCACAGUACUCAAAUCCCUUUGCUGCCAAGGUGUUUUUAAUAGGUGUUUGCUUGACCUUUUUAUCAAAAAAUGUCCAGUUUUAGAAUGCAUUUUGAUGUUUAAAGAGACAGUAACUUGGAACUUAAAAAACCAUCUUCAUACCUAUCAUAUACAAGAAAAAUGCGUGCUAGCAUCCCUCAAAAACUGUUAAAGAUAUGCCAUAAGACGACUUUGGAGACAAGUUAAAUAUAUAUAUGUAUGUAUGUAUGUAUAUAUAUUUGAUACUGACAACUCUGGUCUUAUGCUAAGACUUAAGAGGCAAGGUUCUUCUCACUUACAUAGGACUAAAUAUGGCAUGGCCCAAUUGGUUUUGAUGGGGUUGAAUGGUUUUAAAAAUGUGUAAAUGAGGGGAAUCUAGCCCCAACAUACUUGGCUCCAACCAGCAAGUUACUCCUUGCAGGCAGUUCCUGCCAGCUCUUGUUGAAGUCAGUGGUACUGAGGCUGCUCUGCCUCUAUACAGUAACUGGCAGGAUGUAGGUCUUAGUUUAUUUUCUGGGGCUUAUUUUUUUCCUUUAUUUUACUACCUCUCAUUUUUUUAAUUUAUUGAACAUGCUUCAAAUAGCAGGUGUGGGGAAUUUUUUUAAUCAUUCUUUUUACUUGAAACCUGUGUGCUUUUUUUGGAUAUAUAUGAACAAUUUAAAAAACUGUUUCUUAAACUCAUUUGGUUUUGUAAUUUAUAUAGAAUUCAGGAGAUGAUUAAAAGGGCUAUUCUCUAUUCCCUAUGCAAAUAUUUUAACUGUUGUAGUGUUUGACAAAAUGGGAUCUAAAAAAAUCUGCAAAGUGGAAAACAGUUCUGUUUACAGUGGCGUUGCUGACUAUCCUACCAUAUUCAGCACUUUUAAAUAUUGUUAUUUAUGAAAAUGUAGUUUAAAAUGCAAGACAAACUAUUUAUAAAUGUUUCUUUUAAUAAAUACCUGUUUUGUCUGAAAGUGUUAUUGUGUUAUGACAACUUUAUUCAUGUUGGUUAGCUAUUUACCAUUAGGAAUAAAAAAUUUAAUUAUUAUACUGA